GGCGAUGGAAGAACUUACGGCGUUCGUCUCCAAGUCUUUUGACCAGAAAGUGAAGGAGAAGAAGGAGGCGAUCACGUACCGCGAGGUGCUGGAGAGCGGGCCGCUGCGCGGGGCCAAGGAGCCGACCGGCUGCACCGAGGCGGGCCGCGACGACCGCAGCAGCCCGGCAGUCCGGGCGGCCGGUGGAGGCGGCGGCGGAGGAGGCGGAGGCGGAGGCGGAGGAGGCGGAGGAGGUGUAGGAGGAGGAGGAGCAGGCGGAGGAGCUGGAGGAGGGCGCUCUCCUGUCCGGGAGCUGGACAUGGGCGCCGCGGAGAGAAGCAGGGAGCCGGGCAGCCCGCGACUGACGGAGGGUAGAAGGAAGCCAACGAAAGCUGAGGUCCAGGCUACGCUGUUUCUCCCGGGCAAGGCGUUUCGGUUUCUUGUGUCCCCGGAGCUGAAAGAUCGCAAAGAGGAUGCGAAAGGGAUGGAGGACGAAGGCCAGACCAAAAUCAAGCAGAGGCGAAGUCGGACCAAUUUCACCCUGGAACAACUCAAUGAGCUGGAGAGGCUUUUUGACGAGACCCACUAUCCCGACGCCUUCAUGCGAGAGGAACUGAGCCAGCGACUGGGCCUGUCGGAGGCCCGAGUGCAGGUUUGGUUUCAAAAUCGAAGAGCUAAAUGUAGAAAACAAGAAAAUCAACUCCAUAAAGGUGUUCUCAUAGGGGCUGCCAGCCAGUUUGAAGCUUGUAGAGUCGCACCCUAUGUCAACGUAGGUGCUUUAAGGAUGCCAUUUCAGCAGGAUAGUCAUUGCAACGUGACGCCCUUGUCCUUUCAGGUUCAGGCGCAGCUGCAGCUGGACAGCGCUGUGGCGCACGCGCACCACCACCUGCAUCCGCACCUGGCCGCGCACGCGCCCUACAUGAUGUUCCCAGCACCGCCCUUCGGACUGCCGCUCGCCACGCUGGCCGCAGAUUCGGCUUCCGCCGCCUCGGUAGUGGCGGCCGCAGCAGCCGCCAAGACCACCAGCAAGAACUCCAGCAUCGCCGAUCUCAGACUGAAAGCCAAAAAGCACGCGGCAGCCCUGGGUCUGUGACGCCAACGCCAGCACCAAUGUCGCGCCUGCCCCGCGGCACUCAGCCUGCACGCCCUCCGCGCCCCGCUGCUUCUACGUUACCCCUUUGAGACCUCGGGAGCCGGCCCUCUUCCCGCCUCACUGACCAUCCCUUGUCCCCUUUCGCAUCUUGGACUCGGAGAGCCAGACUCCACGCAGGACCAGGGAUCUCACAAGGCACGCAGGCUCCGUGGCUCCUGCUCGUUUUCCUACCGGAGGGCCUAGAAUUCGGUUUUGUAGGAGCGGGUUUGGGGGAGUCUGGAGAGAUACUGGACAGGGGAGUGCUGGAACCACGGAGUUUGGCUCACCGCAAAGCUGCAACGAUGGACUCUUGCAUAGAAAAAAAAAUCUUGUUAACAAUAAAAAAAUGAGCAAACAAAAAAAUCGAAAGACAAACCGGAGAGAAAAAGAGAAAGGGAACUUAUUUCUUACUGCUAUUUGGCAGAAGCUGAAAUUGGAGAACCAAGGAGCAAAAACAAAUUUUAAAAUUAAAGUAUUUUAUACAUUUAAAAAUAUGGAAAAACAACCCAGACGAAUCUCGAGAGACUGGGGGGAGUUACCAACUUAAAUGUAUGUUUUUAAAAAUGCGCUAAGAAGGCAAAGCAGAAAGAAGAGGUAUACUUAUUUAAAAAACUAAGAUGAAAAAAGUGCGCAGCUGGGAAGUUCACAGGUUUUGAAACUGACCUUUUUCUGCGAAGUUCACGUUAAUACAAGAAAUUUGAUGAGAGAGGCGGGCCUCCUUUUACGUUGAAUCAGAUGCUUUGAGUUUAAACCCACCGUGUAUGGAAGAGCAAGAAAAGAAAAUAUUAAAACGGGGAAAGAGAAAAAUAAUAUUAACACAAAAAAUGCCACAGACAAUGAUUUCUCUGAGAAAUUAUUAUGGCAAAACUGUCUGGACUGCUGACAGUAAAUUCUGGUUUGCAUGUUACUUGUAUUCCAUUGAUGGUGUGUCUCCUCCCCCUUAUCUCCCAUGGACUCACUCCAUUUUGAUCUUCACUAUGAAAAACAAUACCAAAAGCAUCUGGAAAUUGAUAUAUAUAUAUCCAUAUAUAUAUCAUAUAUUUGCCAUAUAUAUAUGUGUGUGUAUAUAUAUAUAUAUAUAUAUAUAUAUAUAUAUAUAUAUAUAUAUAUAUAUAUAUUUGCCCUGUCUUUGAUCCUGGGGAACAAAAGAAAAAGUCAGAAAGGGAGAAAAUUACACUCAUUGUCCUAAGAAGACAGAGGUGGGCAGAAUAUGUGGGGAAAGGAAAAAGAAAACAAGACCACCAAAUGAAAUAAUGAAGGUACAGCGCCUCGCUGUGCCAGACACAGUAGGCGCUCAAUCAGUAUUAGUUGCCACCAUUCCCUUUUUCUUGUGUUCCUUCUUGUUGGUUUCCUGAAGUCCUAUUUGAAGACAGUGCUUUAUUUCCCCCUCUCUAUCCCGUCAAAUUCACCUUAAAUAACACCCAGCUAGAUACAGGCACUAGGUUUGUGUAAGAUAUGUUGAUACACACGAACAAAGUUUAUUUUGGCUAUAAUGUGUGGACUGACUUUCAACAUUUGCAUUUUAUCUCACAAAGGUGUAUCUAUUCAAGUAACCUUGUUUGUGUGUGUGUGUGUGUGUGUGUGUUUGUUUUUUCUUUUGGUUGUUUGUUUCAAUUCAUGUAGCUAUUUAAACUGGGAUACCUUGGACUAAGCCAGUCUGUAUCCCAAUUCGCUAGCAAGCCUAAGUUUGUGGGGUUUUGUUUUUGUUUUUGUUUUACCUUCUAAUUUACAAGAAAGAGAAAAAGCUCUUCUAACUGAACUUUGGUAUGCGGUUGAGCUUUGUAACUAUUUGUUCUCCAUGAAAACAAAAUUAUUUAUAUUUGACAUAUUUUUUUCUAGUGUAUUAAGUUAUUUUAAACAAAAGAUGUUAUCUCAUGACGUGUUGUCAGUACAAAAUGUGUCGCCUCCAAUUCUGUUAAACCUUUUAAGUAAGUGCCAAGUUAUUAAUUGAAGACACUUUGCGAUCAA